AUGGUUGGUCCUAGUCGCCUCGAAAACCUCCCCGAUGAGAUCUUUCUCCAUAUCCUGUCUUUCCUAGAAGCCCGCGAUGUCGUUAUCCUCCAAAGCCUGUCGAAACAUUUCAUGAGAUUGUGCCGAGACGGCAAUUUCUGGCGUAACAAAUGCCUCUCCACCCCCGCCGUUCGCGAACGUAUUAGACUCUUCUGGUCCGGAUCUGAUUGGAUUGAUGAGGAGGGUGCGGCAUUAAGUGGCGCGCUCGCGACGGGGCAGGGAAGUCUAAUAGAAGACCAAAAUGAAGUGCAUUGGAGCCGUCUCGAGAGCCUAUCCCAAUUAUCUGCUAAGAGGAGGAAGAGGGAGCAGAUUCGCAUCGCUGCAAACUGGGACCCGACAUUCCCGAAUGAAAAUACAAACUGGUAUAAUGAAUAUUUUCAGAGAUAUGGUCCUAUUGCCGUCAGCUGGUUCGAGCAACCUCAAAUUCCAAAUGGUUCCCUAAGGGACCGAAUAGAUGCCAGUGGAGUUGCAUUAUAUAAUCCAAGUUUGAUCGAAAAUGAACUCUUUGCCGUGUCGCCGCUGGAAGAUGGCUCGAUCUGCUUAUGGGACGUAAAAGGCACUCGGUGCAGGCAAGGAUCGAUUCUGGCGAAAUCUAAUCCUGGUCUUUUGUGCGCUGACGGCUCUGGCGCCGAUCUGUCAAGGCGCUCCAAGAUGAUCAACACAGGGGUAACCGAGUGCGUAAGUGUCGAUAGCAAGAAAAACAUGGCUUUCUUCGCAGUUCAGAGUCGUCUCAUCGAAGUCGACCUCGAGACGUUACAGGUCGUGGGGAAUCAUCCUUUCGAAUGGUCCAUUACUACGCUCUCCGCCGCGGAUCCUGGCGUCCCUUUGACGGUUGGAACGCUUCAUGGCUUACACUUGCACGAUUUUAGAGCAAGAUCUAAUUAUCGCGAAGAAUAUCAGAUUCGAUUAGAUGCUGUUAGGAAAAAUGGUCUGCGGGACCUUUCUCACGUCCUAGACCCUAGGCCUCUUGAUCCUUAUGCAUCUCUUGCGCAAUCUGGACCGCAGAGUAUUCUUCAUCUCGAGCGUUCCGGCGACGGUAGCCAACUUUCUGACGACAUAUUCGUAGCCGGCCGGUUCUCCAAUAUUCUACACUACGACCGGCGCAUGUUUCCGGCAAUUAGAGGCUCAAUUCACUCGGGCGCAAAGCUCUGCAGCCUCACAUCGCUUCCUUACCCUUUCUCUAGCCUCAACAGUGACCUGCGUCGCCGUUUUCAACUAUCCGAGGAACAAGUCGAGAAAUCUAAGAGCGUAACUGGUGGACGAACCUUGAUAGCGUGUGGCGAAUAUAAUACGAAAGGGUCACUCGAGUUGUACGGCCUAUCCUCCGGCUUUAGCAAUGUGCAGCAGCCCCGGGUUAUCCAUGAGUCUACCAUGAAGAAUCGGCAGACAGCUUCCCAAUCGAAGCUGCUCUCCGUCAUCAACCAUGGCACUCGACUCGUCUUUUCCGACGGACAAGGAUACCUGAAGUGGGUCGAACGGGAUGGCUUUACGGAGGUACGCCGUCACAAGAUUGGCAAAUCCGAAAAGAUAGUCCAUCGCUCACUGUUUGAGUCUAUGCCUGGGUCCGAUGAAAUCGCCAGAAAAAUCCUCUCUACGCGGACAUGUGGACAGGAUGGUGAAGUUCGGGUCAACGACGACGAUAUCCUAUUUUGGACCGGAGAGAGGCUGGGGCUGCUCAGCUUCUCAUCUGAGCCUGGAUUUUCUCCGGAAGAUUUCGAUGAGCACCCCAGAACGCCGGAAGAGAUCGCGGCAGAAGAAGAGGAGCAUAUGUACGGCGAGAGGAUGAGGCUGGCCUUGGAACGACAGGCGAGAGACGUCCGGUUUGUACAGAACCUUGGAGCCGGAAAUAUCCACAGCGGAAUCUAA